AUGCGUUUCCAUUCCAUCUUCCUCGCCCUCCUGGCCGCCGUCACCGGCGUCGUCGCCCAAGACUCCUUCUCCGUUGCUCUCGUCAUGGCCGACAACACCUGCUGGGCCGAAUUCACCAACCUCCACGGAUGCAGUGGCCGAUCAAAUGAGCCGAUCGGAGACUGGGAUGGCACACACUGCACCGACAACGGCAAAACCGACGUCUCUGUCUGCGACUCCGGUCACGUCAUGUUCAAAUACGAGGCUGGGCCAUCGCCUCUGGGACCUCCUGUGCCGCUGGAGGCGAAUACCCUGGUUUUCAAGAACGAUCAGGAUACGUAUCCGAUGCCGUUCAAUCAGCCGGAUCCUGGAUGUCUCGACGCGUUCACCAACCCCGGGUUAAAUGUGGCCAUGUACUCCGCACAACAAUGUCCUUCAACAAUGGCAUCCCUUUUGAGUAAAACAUCAAUGCCUGGACUCGGUUUGCGCUCACAUAGUAUUCGCCCUCGAACCACUCUUCAGACCACUUUUCUUCGACAAAUCAGAAUGCCUUCCCCUUGGGCCGCGCUGAAGUCAUUAGCAACCAAGUCCGCCGAUAGACGGAUGACGCCAGGUCCCCCCGAAACGCCGAGAGAGCUUCCUGCCACAGGCUUCAAAACUAUCGACAUUGAUCAACUUGUCGAAGAAGAGGAACUGCCUGAUUACCGGGCUGAGCGAUUUUACCCGGUUCGACUGGGAGAGGUUCUCCAAAACCGUUACCAGAUCAUCGCAAAGCUCGGAUUCGGUACCUCAUCGACUGUUUGGCUGGCUAGAGAUCUAAAAGACCAUCAAUAUGUUACACUGAAAUUGUAUGUUCAUACUUCGUUAGUUCACCGUGAACUUCCUUUCUAUCAUCACAUUGCAAGUCGCAUGGAAGAAGGUUCACACCCCGGGCGAGGGAAUGUCCGGAGAUUGCUAGACUCCUUUGAAGUGACUGGCCCACAAGGCAAACAUGUUGUUCUUGUCUUUCAACCUGCGCAAAUGAGUUUGCGUGACAUGAAAUUGGUCUUCCGACGAGAUGGGUUUGACGAAGACUUCGUCCGGGGCGCCAUUACGGAACUUCUUAAAGCAUUGGAUUUUCUUCAUACCCAUGGGGAAAUUGUACAUACUGAUAUACACCCUGGCAACCUGCUCCUUGGCGUUGACGAUAACGAGCUGUUGAGACCUCUUGAGGAAAAGGAAUUUUCAUCCCCAGUACCUCGGAAGUCGGUGUCAUCAACGCAUCUUAUUUACCUCUCACGCCUCCUGCGACCUAAUGUAGGUCCGAUGCUGCUUUCAGAUUUCGGGGAGGCUAGGAUUGGUCCAGGUCCACAUGCUGGCGAUGUAAUGCCUUUAGAAUAUCGAGCUCCCGAAACAUUACAUUAUGUGAAGUGGAGCUAUCCUGUCGAUAUUUGGAGCGUUGGCCUUACAGCUUGGGAUCUUCUGGAAUCCAAGAAGCUCUUCACGGCACGCGAUGACGAUGGAGAUCUUUAUGAUGCUGCGCACUUGGCCCAGUUCAUCGCCGCGCUAGGACCACCGCCACCUGAUUUUCUCUCUAGAAAUCGAGAGAGGAAAGCGGAUUUCUGGGACGAGCAAGGAAAAUGGCUGGGCCUUGCACCCAUACCGCAGAACCGGACCUUGGAAGCUCUUGAAACCAAGUUGGAGGAUAAUACGGGCUUCCUUCGAUUCAUCCGAAGAAUACUAACCUGGAUGCCUGAGGAUAGACCAACUGCCAAGGAGCUGCUAGAAGAUCCUUGGGUAACGGGUGAAGCAACUCGGUCUUGA